CAACAAAUUGAAGUAACCUCUAAUUAAGUUUUUUGUUGACUGUUAAUCAUGAGUACUGAAGAAAAUGGCAGAAAUUCUCAGAAGUCUUUGUUAUCAGAUUCCUUGCAAGAAAAGCGAAAAUCUGAUUCUUUAGGUGGAAAUAAUAAAAGGCGUAAAAGUGCUGCUCCAGAAAAAGCGCAGCGUGGUUUCACAGAAGCCUCAUUCGAAGAGGCUGAAUACUAUUUUGACAAGUAUUUGAGAAAAGUAUAUCCAUAUCAUUUUACGUACAAGACAUUUUGCAAAGGUCGGUGGGUUGGAAAGCGACUAAUUGAUGUGUUCAGUGAAGAAUUUCGGGCUCAUUCAAAGAAAGAGUACGAAAAAAAUAUCACUGAAGGUAACAUUAAAAUAAACGGAGUUACAAUUACUUGCGAAUACGUCUUGAAAGAAAAUGACUGUAUCACGAAUAAGGUUCAUAGACACGAAAUUGCCGUGCUUGCUUCGCCCGUACAAAUAAUACAUUCAAGUGAUGAACUGAUAGUUAUUGAUAAGCCUCCAUCAAUACCUAUACACCCUUGUGGUCGAUAUCGUCAUAACUGUUUACUCUUUAUUUUGGCAAAAGAGUAUAACUUUAAUAAAUUGUACUCAGUUCACAGGCUAGAUCGUCUAACGUCUGGCCUUAUUGUGUUUGCUAAAACUAUUAAAAAAUCGCAAGAGAUUAAUGAAGCAAUACGAGACAGAAAAGUGCAUAAAGAAUACGUCUGUCGAGUGGAGGGAAACUUCCCCGAUGGUGAAGUAUCCUGCAAAGAGCCUAUCGAAGUAAUUUCUCCUAAGAUGGGUAUUUGCAUGGUUAGCCCAUCCGGAAGAGACUGCCAUACAGAAUUCAAAAAACUGAGCUAUAACGGUACAUCUAGUGUUGUACUUUGUAAGCCUUUUACGGGACGUAUGCACCAAAUAAGAGUGCACUUGCAGUACUUAGGGCAUCCAAUUGUAAAUGAUCCAAUUUACAAUCAUGCUCAUGCUUUUGGACCUUUAAAAGGCAAGAAUGGAGACAUCGGCAAAACCAAAGAGCAGCUAUUGGAAGAUUUGCUGAACACUCACAACCUUCAAAAAUGGCUUCUUGAGGACUUUACUGGUGUUACUACAGAUGCUGGUGUUACUACAGAUACUGAUGUUGCUACAGAUACUGAUGUUGCUACAGAAAAAGAUGGGGAGGAGAGUUUACAUGAUAGUAAGGAGAACAGAAUAUCACUUAAAGCCUUAGAGUACUAUGCAAAAUGUGAUGGCUGGGAGGAAUUGGCCAAGAAAUACAUAAAAGAUGAUAAGAAGAUCAUCCUUGAUGCUGCAUGUGAUCUCUGUCAUCAGAAGUACAUGGAUCCGGAACCAAAGGAUCUGUUGAUAUUUCUUCACUCUUUGAGGUACAAGGGAGAAAACUGGGAGUUUGAAAGUAAGUUUCCCCUUUGGGCUAAAGAUGACUGGAAAGAAAAUUGAUUCACUGUUUUGAAA